UGGUGUUCUGUCGGUGUUUGUUUCAGCUUGAAAGGUGACCGACAGAACAGAAAAGUCAUCACCUUUUUUUCUUUUGCGUUUCUUGAAGGAUUUUAAUUUGCAGGAUAUCUGAGUUUUGGUAUUUGCAGCUACCAUGGAAAAUAGGCAAGAAAAUUUGUUUCCCCCAUCCUUGCCUAACCAACAACUGCUGUUCUUCGAUGAGGAACUAUGGCUGAUGGCUGAAGAAAGGGCCCAAGAGAUACUAUGUACAAUUCAACCAAAUGUAAUUUCUGAGGUGACUAGAAAGGAGAUUAUUGAAUAUGUUCGGAGGCUGAUUAGAGGUUACUAUGGAGCAGAGGUCUUUCCAUUUGGUUCAGUCCCCCUAAAAACUUAUCUUCCAGAUGGAGAUAUUGACUUGACAGCUCUCAGUCAUGAAAAGGAUGAGGAGGAUUUGGCUAACAUGGUAUGCAGUAUGCUCCAAAGUAAAGGCAAUUCUGAAUUCCAGGUGACAGACAUACAACAUAUACAUGCAAAGGUCCAAGUUGUGAAAUGCACGGUGAAGAAUAUUGCAGUUGACAUCUCUUUCAAUCAGAUGGCUGGACUUUGUGCUAUGCACUUUCUUGAGCAGGUUGACAAACUUGCUGGGAAAAACCAUCUUUUGAAGCGCAGUAUUAUCUUAAUCAAAGCUUGGUGCUAUUAUGAGAGCCGAAUUCUUGGUGCACACCAUGGCCUGUUAUCCACAUAUGCAGUGGAAAUAUUAGUUUUGUAUAUUAUCAAUCUUUAUCAUUCAUCAUUGCGUGGUCCUCUAGAGGUGUUGUACAAAUUUUUGGACUACUACAGUGCGUUUGAUUGGGAAAGUAACUAUGUCACAAUUGAUGGUUCCAAGCCCUUAUCUUCACUUCCAGAAAUUAUUGAGACACCAGAAUGUGAGCGGGGCGGUUUUUUGCUUGACAAAGAGUUUCUGAAAAAUUACAGGGAUAUGUGCUCUAUUUUAGCAAAAGAGUCUGAGACUAAAACUCAUGAAUUUCCCACCAAGUAUAUGAACAUUUUGGAUCCUCUAAGAAACGACAACAACCUAGGUCGUAGCGUCAGCAGAGGAAAUUUGCAUCGAAUUAGAUUUGCUCUUUCCUUUGGAGCUCGAAAGCUUAAGGAGAUCCUUGCACUUCCUGGGGAAAAGAUGGGUUCAGCACUAGAGAGGUUUUUCAUGAACACUUUGGACAGAAAUGGGAAAGGGCAAAGGCCAGAUGUUGAAGUUCCUGUUCAUGCAUUUGGUACUGGAAGAUGUGAAGAACCUGUACUCUAUGGAGAUUGUGAAAAUUACUAUGAUGCCCUACAAUAUCUUCAGUUAUACUGUAGCUCUCCCAGGCCGUUAUCUGCACUUCCAAGCUCACAAUCAUCAGCCACUCAGGCUGACAUCCAUGCAGUAUCGACGCAGCAAAACUGGAAUUUGUAUUAUCAAAGUGGUGCUACUGUAUAUGUACCAAUACAGACAGAUGUAUAUGCCCCAACAUGUCCUGAUGUUUAUGUACCGAUACAGAAUGAUGUAUAUGUCCCUAUACAAACCGAUGUAUAUGCCCCAGCACAUACAUUCUAUCGACAGAAUGUUCCGCAUGCAACUUUCGGCCUUGAAGAAAUACGGAAAUCACGAGGAACUGGCACAUACAUACCUGAUGUGACUCGUAAUUCUUAUUGGGAUAUGCGCGUAAAGGAGAACAAACCAAGGAGAAAUGCUCCUGUGAAUCACCAUAAUGUGUUACCAAAAUCACCUCCGAAAAAGCCACCACCGGAGGAGGUUCAUUCCAAAGAAACAAACAGUAAUUCAAAUAUUGUCAAGGUUGCAAAUGAAGAAUUUGCAAUUCCUUCAGGCAUGAGUCAUAAUGCAUUGCCUAAAGCACCUCAGAAAAAGCAGCCACCAGAGGAGGUUCAUUCCAAUGAGACACCUGGCGCAAACGGUAAUUCAAGGCCGUUUGAGCUUGCAAAGGAAGAAUUCCCUCUUCUUUCAAGCAUUCACCAAAAAAGCACACCAGAAGUCCAGGAGUCUAUUCAUUUUACUAUCUCUGAGCAGGCCAAGAAUUCCUCCUUAUGUCAACUCGAUAUCAAAUUCGGAAGUUACAGGAAAUCAGAACCGAGUUCGCCAACAAUUGAUAAGAAGGCGGAUUCCAGCGCUUUGUCAUCUGAGAGCACAAUGAUUGUUGUUCCAGGGAUGGCAAAGCAGAGGAACAAAGAAUGUUCUCAGAGUGAUGUGAAGAGGGGCGAAUAGUAUCUAACUGAAAGAUAGUUUAUAGGAUAUUCAGAAUAACAUCAGUUAAGGUAAAUAGUGGUAAUAGUCAAUUUCUCCAUUUAUUUUCUUAGUUGCUGAGAUGUAAAUUUGGGAUAAACUAGAAUUUGUUGCUAGUGAGAGUUCAAGGCUUCAUAGGCACAAGCCAUUGGUAUAGAUGUUAACCAAUUUUGUUGUGCUUCGUUUACUUUUUCAUCCCUUGGAACAGAUAUA